ACUGAGUCACUUUAGUUAGAUUUAUACAGACGAGUAUAAAUAUUGUAUUAGUUAAUUACUGUUUUCUUAAUUUUACAAAAUAUUAUGAAAUAACCGUUAAUUUUAUGUUUCAAUUAGAUUAAUUUGUAUUUCUCGAUCUUUGCGGUGAUGGAGUCACCGCCUUCUUUUUCAACAAAUUCUGAAGCACCUCCUUUAAGUGAAGACAGUGGUCUACUGAUUACAAGUGGUUCUUUUUCGAGUGAUUCUGCUAGUGGAUGGCAUCACGUAGCAUCCGAGCUACAAGAAAGUGAUUUUGAUGAGAGGUCGUUGUCAUUGUGUGAGUCUACUGAAACCUCUGAACGCAUGUGUGGUGACUUUUUCAAUACUGUAAAAAAAGGUCCUGGGAAAGUUGUAGUGACCACUAUUGAGCCGCCACCAGAAUUUCAAGACAACCCUGUUCCAGUAAACAUUGACAAUUUUACGGCUGUGUAUGUGCCUCCAACUAUUAUUUAUUCCAAUGAAUCGGCAACUAAAUCUAAAUCAUCAAGCUUAGAUAUUCCGAUGUCUACUAGGCAUGUGUCACCUAUUUAUCCGAGGAAAUUAAAACCAGAAUCGUUGUACGAACGUCGCCAGUGUUUGAAUCACAGGUUUGCGAGUCCCAGACUCUUACAUUUAAGUCCUUGCCGCACAAAUAGGCCGUCGUCAAGAAACUCUCUUUCGUCUCGUUUAUCAAGUAGUCAUAACUCGCUUGUCACCCAGUUCCAAGCAGAUGACUCGAGCUUUAUAACGCAAGCUAUAUCACAUGAUACUUUAUCAGCAAAAACGUCCGACAUCACAGACAUGUAUAAUGUCCCUUUCGACAGCGACAUUUAUGCGGUGCCUAUAGAUAUGGUACGUCCUAGUCACGUCAACACGAGAAGUAAAGGAAAGAAGUUUCCUAGAAGUAAUAAAAAGCGUGGUAAAAGCACUCCACAAAGUAUAGGAACUAGCCAUUUACCACUUGAUAGGAAUCAUAAGCUCAAAGAAACUAGUAGACAUAAAGACGUUAAGACUAAAAGACAUAGCUUGCCUAGUUCUACUUGCAAGAAAAGUGCUACUGAUUCUGAUACUGAUUCACUUCACUUGACUUUGCGUGAAAUGAGAAAAUAUUUACACACAUUAUAUUCUAGUUCAAGUGAUUCUGAAUGUAGAAAUACGAUGAAUAAGAAGAACAAUACUAUUAUGACAAAUGUUGGUAUACAUUCUAGACAUUCGACAAAAGAUGCGGGCGCUACAGUAUUUUUAAAAGAAAGUAAUGAAGGUCCCAAAUCGGUAGAAACUAACAAUAAUCAUAAGAAAACUAAUAAAAAUUCCUUUGGAAUGAAUGCUAAAAAUAAGAAACAUAAAGAAAAUAUCCCAAAGGAUAUAAUAGAAGUAGAUAAAAACGACAAGACUUUAAAGAAAAUGUCAUCAAAUCAAAAUCAAAAAGUUAAAAUGUCUCCCGUUAGAAUUUUGUCGAUAAAUCUGAAACAAAGUUUCUGUAAUUUGUUUCGUUGGCGACGUCAAUCUGUGAUCGAUAAUAAUACUGAUAUUGAAAAAGUGAACGGAAGUAAGGAAAACUCUCCGCCACCGGCCGUAAGACGUGCACUGCCCCCGCUACCGCUGCCGCAGACACCACAAACCUCUCGUCGACCCGCUAACGAAGAAGAGACGGUUAUGGAUUUUGCUACUUCUAUCCAGAAAGUUAAGGAUUAUGGCUGGUAUUGGGGCCCCAUCUCCGUGGAGACAGCUGAGAAAAUACUAUCUAAUGAGCCAGAUGGGUCUUUUAUUGUACGAGAUAGUAGUGACGACCAUUAUAUAUUCACACUAACAUUUAAAUUGAAUGGGCUUAGACACGUUAGAAUAGAACAUGAUCAGGGUAAUUUUUGCUUCGGUGGGUGUACUAUGUUCAAAGCUCAAACAAUUGUGGAAUUCAUAGAGAAUGCUGUGGAGACAUCUCGAAGUGGGCGAUAUUUAUUCUUUCUGAAUUUGAGGCCUGUGCUAGGACCUGUACGAGUACAGCUUCUAUACCCAGUGUCUAGAUUUAAACGCGUCCAAAGUCUACAGCAUAUGUGCAGAUUUGUGAUAUUAAAGCACGUUCGUCGCGACCUCAUCAGCAACCUACCUCUGCCGAGACGUCUUCUCGACUAUUUGAGUGCUACGCACUACUACGCAGAGCUUCUAGGAGAGAUAUAGGCGCAUUUUAUAAAUAGGUUAGACAUUAAAUUCUCUUUUACUGUUUAAUGUAACAAUAUUUUCUAUUGAAAAAGUUUUAAAAACUGUAUUUAAUAUCAAAACAAAAUGCUUUCUUCACUCAGGCGUCAUAUAAACUUUAUACCAUCUAAUAUAUAGACAUUUAUGUAGUACUAGCGGCCCGUGGUGGAGUCGCACGAGUGGACAUUUUUACAUUUUAAAAAGUGGCCAUUAAGGCUGCACACGCGACGGAAGCUUAAAAAUGGAGUAACUUCUCCCGUUUUCCCAACAUUUCCCUUCACUGCUCUGCUCUUAUUGAUCGUAGCGUGAUGAAAAGUAUAGAUACUAUAACCUGCCCAGGAGUAUGAAGAAUAAUUGUACCAAGUUUCGUUAAAAUCCGUCGAGUAGUUUUUGUUUCUAUAACGAACAUACAGACAAAUAAAAAUUUUACUGAUUGCAUUUUUGGCAUCAGUAUCGAUCACUAAUCACCCCUGAUAGUUAUUUUGGAAAUAUAUUUCAUGUACAGAAUUAACCUCUCUACAGAUUUAUUAUAAGUAUAGAUAGAUAUACUACACAUUAUUAUAAACUGUAAGCAUAUUGCUAUUGGCAAAUUGUAUAAUCACGGCCUAUCAAAACAAAAGUAUCUCAAUAAGAUUAAACCGUGUGCACCCAGCAUUGUAACAAUGUAACCCUUUACAAUGCUGGUUGCACACGGUUUUAUUUAAUAUUGGGUAUAUACAAUUAAGACUCAAUAAAAAUUCAACCAAAUUAAAGUUAAAUUUCUUCAUCCAGAUCAACUAAUAUUGCUGACUGAGCAAGAAUUUGGGUAGAACAUUUAAAUAUCAUAUCUAUUCCUUUGUUGUCUCUAAAUAUAUAUUCGCAAUUUUUAUUAAGUUGGCAGUAAAAAUAAUGCAUUAUAGAAAUAUUUGUCACCUAUAUCUGUACCAACAGAAAAUUGCCAACAUUAGUACGCAAUUUACUUUUGGUCUCAACUCAGCUUUACUUAACUGUAAAUAGAAUGUGCAAUAGGCUGACGGAGAAUGGUCUCUCUGUCUAACCAAAUUAGGCUAAGAAUUUUCCCACAAAAAUAAAAAAAAGUACUAUCCAACAGGGAACAUUAUAAGAUGUGCGUAGACAGUGAGGUAACCUAAAGUCCAAGAAAGUUUAUAUUUAUAAAAAAAUAUAUACAUAUUUAAAUAGCAAAAUGAUUGUUGCCAUUAAUAUCUAUCCAAUAGGUAAUAGCUAUCUUGGCAACAUUUAUAUGCCCAAGUACGCACCUAGUGUAGGUGCCCGCAGUCUAUUAUGACUAUCGUAACAAUACUUAUUCUUGUUUUAUUAUACUAUGAUAUAUAAUUAUGAAUUAAAUUCACACAGCAUAACUUCAAUUAAAUAUGAAGUAUUAGUAUUUUUUAUUUCGCCAUAACUACACAGUUAUAUUAGGUUUAUAUAUAUGUGAUAAUAGAAGAUUGUAAUUUUCUGUAUUAGAAUUUAUUUUUCAUGUAUUAUUUUGUAACUAACAAAAAUUGAAAGCAAUUUUAGUAAUUCUAGUAGGUACACUUAAUUUUUUUGUAUAGUUACGGUAAUUUUUGUUGUUUAGUAUUUGGAUAUUGUAUUUGUUUCUAAAUAAAAAAGCUAUAUGAUUUGUUUAAGUAAAAAUUUAAGCAUUAUAAAUGAAAGUAUUGUGAGUUUUGCAUUAAUAUGUUGCUUUAAUUAUUUAUUAUUAUAUAUGAAUUAAUUUCAUUGAUUAUUGUAGCCUGAUGAGGUGAACAGAAUUCAUAGGGACAUUUGUAUACUCGUGUUUUUUUUUUCUAAAUUUCAAUACAAUAUCCAUUUUAUAGGUAUAAUAAUAAUAAUAAUAAUAAUAAGUCAUACAUGCUUAUUGAGUAGCAUUAAAAAUUAAUUUCUGCAUGUAAAAAACAUACACUUACUAUUGACUAUAAGUCACGUUUUUGGAAUUCACAAUUUUUUUGUUCUGUGGUAUUGUAUUACCACAUUGUUAUCACUAAUAAUAAUAUUUAUUAUUUCCAAUUUUUUAAUUGGUGAAAAUUAAAUGAUAAUCUUGCCUGAGUUAUUACUUAAAUUACAAUGACGAUAAGCAGAUCCGUUGACCGUGAUAAAAUUACAAGGAUAUAACUUAUAAUAAUUGAUUCAUUCAACCAAAUCACGUGGCGAUCUUACGGGUGCUGUACUAGCAAUGUGAACUAAUAUCUCAAAGCAAAAAAUUCAUAAACGCGAAAGUUUUUAGUAUCAUUCAGGUUUCUGUAUAUAUUAAGUACCUAAAUGUUAUGCCCACGAAUGCUUUACAUAUAUGAACACUAUUCUGUACCCUUACACAACCACUACGAUGUUUUGAACAUCUGUAGUCAUAAUCUAGACUGUUUUUGCUAAGUGGCAUACCUCCAAUAAUAUCUCUGGUCGACUUUGAGGUAUCUUGAAAUAAUGACAGUGCCAAAUAUCACAAAAUAGGUAUUUGUCUAUCGACAGACUUGUAAUAUCAACCUACUGACGAGUUUAUCUCAUUUCUCAAGUACUGUGGAAGUACUAUAUGUUAUGAUUGUAAAUGCAAAGAUAACGAGGUAUGUAAGUACAUACUCAUUACGGAAUAUUAUUUAAUACUAUGUCGUAAACUUCUCAUCAGGCUACUAGUAGGUAGAGUAUUCAUGACUAUAUGACGCGUGACUAAAUUAUUAUUUGUUUAUGCUAAUGUAAAAUUUUAUAUUUAGUUUCUCUUUUUUACCAAAGAUCAUAUUAAUAUAAUUAGUAUUUAUUGAUAAUAUCAAUUAUAAGUUAAUUAAGUUACGCAAUAUAAUAAUAGGUUUGCAGUGUUAAUGAGCUUGAAGUUGCUAUUUCUAGUUUGUAGUUAUUAUCGAGUUGUUAUAAUAUAUUAAUAUUUUGUUUAUUUAUUUUUUAUUAAUUCAUGGAAUUUAUGUGUACGGUAAUAACAAUCAAUUAUAUGAAUGAGUUAUUGUUUACUUUUUUCGAACUACAUACCUAGUUCUUAAUUUUUUUUAUUUUAUUCAUUAUAAAUUUAAAAUUAAUCACAAUAAUAAUAGUCUACUUGAUUGAGAUCGAUACUGAUUUGGUAUUUAUACCAAAUCUAUCUUCAUACAGCGAUCUAUAUUUAUAGGUACUGUCACAUGCAACUACUCCAUCAGAUUCAAUCGAUGGCUUAGAGGGAACACGUGUAGAACUUAUCAAAAAUAAUUUCUAUUCUAAAGUUAGACCUCUAAUUUCGAGACGUACUGAUACAAAAAAAGUUAUUUGAUUAAUCAAUACGUACCUAACGAAAUAUUUGUUAGCUGUGAUGAAUUAUUACUGUUUUAGGUAGAAUUUUUCAUUAACACCGAACUUUAGAAAAUUAAUAAGGAAAAAAUAAGUAUGUACAUGUAUGUAUAAUUUUGUAAAUAGUAUAUAUAUAUAUAAGCAUACUUAUAUAAUGAAUGUAAUCGAAAAUGAAUCUCUUUCGAGUUGUGAAAUUUAA